AUGAUUCGUGAUACAACUACGCUGGUCUUUUGCGAUGUAGAAGGCUUUCGUCUUAGAUCGGCCUUCGUCAACGUAAUCAUGCUUAUUGUGUCAGCGCAGCUGAAUGAACUCUCAAAAGAAAAAAUUCUAGACAGGCUGCAGCGCGGCGUAAUAGCAUUAGAGGCAACAGAAAGCACAUUCGGCUAUACUACUACUUUUGGUGAACCUGGAAAAAUCUCAAAACCAGGUGUGUCAAAUGGUCUUGCAAUCUUAUAA